CUACAAAAAAUUAUAUAGUGGGAUUUUAGGGCAACGAUUGCUUAGCUAUUAACUCGAGAACCGGGUAACGUGUAAAGUUGUAAUUUUCUAGAUGUUCGUUUCAUGACCCAAGGACGUGCGGUGUCCCGUUUGACAUCGUUUGGAUAAGUGCUCAAGAUCCCUAAAAGAAAAUCGCUGCCAUAGGCGAUUGAUUCCUGUCAGCCCAGAGGCACUAGCGUUGAGCUCCUCUGUAAGGGAAGUGUUGUCAAACCUGACAAAGCUGGCUAGCUACUGCUUAGUCACUGUUACACAUGUUGCUUACAUACAAUGUUUAGAGUGGGCAAUGACUGUGGAUCCUGUCUAAUCAGAGGUAUUCGACCGUAGCAGCCUGAACCGUUGACUUAAUUUCAACGUCACUGAUUGAGUCUAUAUAGGCUAUAGUGUAACAUGCAAACGCGAACAAUUCUUUGGUUGAAAAAUACGGCGACAAGCGUUUUCACCCAGAAAUACAUGCAGCGAAUAUUUCUAUCAAAGACUUCUUCGUUGUCGGACAUGAGUCUGCGUCAGGGUCAUUCUUCAGGUCAGGACCUGGAUGAGGAUGUCGUCACAGGGAUUGUGUGCCAAGAGUUAGACCUACAGGAUGGACAAAUGAAGGAGGUGGAGGUGGAGGGCCAGAGGAUUUUGUUAGUCCGAACCCAGGGCCAGUACAGUGCUGUUGGGACCAAGUGUUCUCACUACGGUGCUCCUCUCAUCAAAGGGGCACUGAUUGGGGACAGAGUAAGAUGCCCCUUUCAUGGUGCUUGCUUUAAUGUCAAGACUGGAGAUAUCGAGGAUUAUCCAGGCCUGGACUGUUUGCCCAGUUAUAAGGUCAAGGUUGAAGAUGGCAAGGUUUAUGUAUCUAUUAACAAGAAGUCUAUGUCGCUGACCAAGAGGGUGAGGGAGAUGAGCGGCAGGAUUCCAGGGGUUAGCCACACCACUCUUCUGAUUGGAGGAGGGCCUGCUUCUCUUGUGUGUGCUGAGACUCUGAGACAAAACCAUUAUGAAGGCAGAGUGAUAAUGGCAACCAAGGACACUCUGCCUCCAUACGAUAAGCCUAAAAUCAGCAAGGCCAUGAAUUUAGAGAGCAACGACAUUCUCCUUCGUCAGACUGAGUUCUUCAAACAGCAUGACAUAGAACUUUGGACGCAAAAGGAGGCAGUUUUUGUUAACACUGAGGAAAAUACAGUGAAGUUCAGCGAUGGCACAUUGCAACAUUAUGACAAGCUACUCCUAUCAACUGGAUGCAGAGCAAGGCCACUGAGCUGCACAGGUUCGCAUCUGGAUGGUGUAAAAGUACUGCAGAGCUAUGAGGACGCCAAGGAGAUCCACCAGUCCUGUGUGGGCCACAAAGCUGUAAUCAGUGGAGCCUCCUUUAUUGGUAUGGAGGUGGCAGGCUACUUGUCUGACAAAGCUACCAGUGUUGCCUUGGUUGGCAACACAGCAUACCCUUUUCAGAGGUCCCUGGGCCCGGAGAUUGGGAAAAUGACGAUGCAGAUGAUGGAGGAAAGCAAUAUCAAGUUCUACAUGAAUGACCAAAUAGAAGAAAUCAGAGGAGAGAACGGCAAGGUGAAAGAGGUGGUGCUGAAGAGUGGUGCUGUCUUAGAAGCUGAUGUUGUUGUGGCUGGAAUUGGGGUCAUCCCCAACACUGAGUUCUUAAAGGGUAGCCAGGUGGAGGUGAAUUCCAGAAAUGCUGUCGUCAUUGACAAGUUCAUGAGAACCAACAUUCCAGAUGUGUUCGGAGCAGGGGAUGUAACAGCCUUUCCUCUGACCAUACGAGGAGACCAGAGGGUUAACAUCGGCCACUGGCAGCUGGCACAUGCCCAUGGAAGAGUAGCAGCCUUGAAUAUGUUACAGAACCAGACGAUGAUCGACUCAGUUCCAUUCUUCUGGACAAUGUUACUUGGGAAGAGUGUUCGCUAUGCAGGUUACGGAGAGGGAUACACAGAAAUCAUAUUCAAAGGCAAAGUGGAGGAUAGGAAGUUUCUAGCGUUCUAUAUCAAAGAUGACAUGGUGGUGGCAGCAGCCAGCAUGACCUUUGACCCAGCUGUGGCUUGAAUUGCGGAAAUGAUGUCCCGCGGACAGAUCAUCACCAAGACACAUGCUCAAUCUGACAACCUGGGUUGGUUACAGAUGUAACAUGUCCAGCAUGGAUCAAUUCCAAAUCUUUAUGACCAAGAGGAUGUCCUGAAACUUCCUGUUCUCACUCUUUUUCUCUACCCUUCUUUUCUCACCAGUGCCUACGUGUAUUUAUAUCUUCUGCCAAUUUUAUCAUGUGAAAACCAAAGGUUGGAGGGAUCUGUGGUUUUCUAUCUGGUACGGUAACUAUGUUAACUGACAUUUUAUUUGAUUAUCUGUCUUCUCUGCCCUGUGGCAUGAGAAAUUAGAAGUCGGUUGUCUUCUGCAGUCACUGAGUGAAAAACAUGUUAUUUGAUUAACCUAAAUGUCAAUUUAGCCUUGACUAAAUGAUGAUAGAUGGUGACUACAUGUAUGGUCAUUACUCUGUUUCAAAAGGUGGACUUGUUUCAUUUAUAUUACUUUUUGGUUACUCUAAAUUCGUUUUUGUUUACACUAUAUUUUUUGUUUACACUAUAUUAUGUCUCUAUGGUUCCACCCUCCAUGAAGAGAAUGCUAUUUCACUGUCAAUGUUUGAACCAUUUGGAUUCAUAUCCACACCUCCAGCAGAAACAAAUGUUCAAAAUAAUAUUCUUGGCUGUUAACAGUAUACUGUUGUUCUUAAAAAAUAGUGGUAUGGUACAUUGUAAUUCUCAAAGGGUAUUUUAAAGUGAUACGUCCAUUUUCUCUUUUAUAUUCUUCUUUCUUUCAUGCAUUACAACGUUACUUAUUUAUAUACUGUUAAUGCCAUUGCACUCAGUUAAAUAACUACUUGAAUCUUGGUGCUCAGGUAGUAUUUGUAAAAUAGAUCAGUAACCUUCUAGAAACUGUAUUUUUUCAAUGGCUGAUUGCCAUCAAAACGGUUAAUUUGCACUCCUGAAUCUGUACAAAAUAAAGUUAUUUCGUGACGUGGCUU